AUGCCCUUCCAUAAUCCCAUUUGGGAGGUCCUCGAGCCUCAUCUAGUGCGGAUGGGUCUGUACAAGGUCCAAGACCCCACCUACGGCCGCUACCUCCUCCCCAACCAUCCGCCGCAUCUCGCACUUGUGGAGGAUCCAACAGUCUCGCACAACUAUCGCCGGGUGUUUCUUCCGCCGACGCCCUCUUUCAAGUCCUACCACGAGGCUUGGGAUACCACCCAGAUUAUCCAUGCGGAGAACGUUAAUCUGGUGAAAGAUGAAUUGGCGUCUGGUGUCAAAUGGGGAGGAAGAUGGGUGACAUACAGUACGUGGGAGAUGACCUCGCCACCAGAGGGUGGGUGGGAAGGUGCCGGCCGGGGUGUUGGCAAGGAUCUCGUCUUGGUUCAUGGACUGGGAGACUAUGGGCUGAGGUAUGCGCCUCAUAUCAAGUUCUUCCUCAAGUCUGGGUUUCGAGUUAUUGUUCUUGACCUACCUUCUUAUGGGAGAUCUACCGGCAUCAACUCUUACCUCCCGUCGCUUCUCUUAUUGCCCUCCGCCGUACAUGUUGUCUUGACCGACCUGGCGCAGAACGAUAUUGCGAACGGACGUAAGCAGAAAAAGGUCUUUUUGAGCGGCGCUUCGAUGGGAGGAUGGACAAUUCUCUACUAUCUGCUAAAGUAUCCCCCGACAAACAACACAGAAGCGGUCGUCACUCAAGGUUCGACUGCCGACGUGACCCUUCCCGAAGGCGGAAAGGGAUACGACGACCUCGAGAGGCCACGGGCGGAUGAAAAGGUCAGGCCGCAAGUGGCCGGUGCAUUUGUUCUCUGUCCCAUGGUUGAAGUGUCCAAAGAGUCUCGACCAAACAUAAUCCUCGAGUACAUCGGACGUGCUAUCGUAUUCUUUGGCGGCAGCUUGCCCCUUGCCAAGUCUGUACGAGGCAACGUGUCUGACGAUCCUCGAGUAGAGGAGGACUUUUUUGCAGAUCGCAAGUAUCACUUGAGACCAACUCUAUGUUAUCACGGGAUGCUCAGGGUCGGUACCGGUCUCGCAUGCCUCGAGGGCAUGACAGAGCUUGAGAAACGCGCGCACGAAAUUGACGUGCCCAUCCGACUCGUGCAUGGAAACAAGGAUCGUGCAACGUCGCACGAGGGCACUCUGAGACUGUUUGACAGAUUGCUCAAUGAUGACAAGGAGCUGGAGAUCUAUGACGGCUACGAACAUGUGAUGCUUCGACUGGGAUCAAACGAGGAGGAUGACAAGCAGCGACAGAAGGUACUUGAUGAUAUGCGUUCGUGGUUGCUGCAGCGAUGUUAG